AUGAAAGAUUUAGAUGAGGUGGGCUCAAUGGUCGGUGGUGGUGGAUCGGAGCUGCUCGGCAUCCUCCGUCCCUACUAUUCAAUGAUGGAAAUGUCAGCGAAUGGAAAUAAACAAGGUCUCGGCUCAUAUUUUCACGUGUUGCCUGAUGAGGAAGAGGGUGAUCGGCCAAUCUAUUCUCUUGGCGCUUCAUUUUAUGGUGGACUCGAGCCAGCUGGUGUUAAAGUCGGCCAUUUGAAUCGUCCCUUCGGA